AUGGUCCUCGACAUAGAGAUACUGAAAUCUCUCGUCCGCAUAUUCCCUGACGAUAGAGAGAGGACGACGUUGAAGGAAUACAAGGGAGAUGUUGAGAGAUUGGGGAGUGCAGAGCAUUUCUUACUCUCCAUCAUUAACUUUCCAUGUUUUCACCAAACAACGCAAGCGAUGCUAUCUUACCUGGAGCUCCAUCAGUUGCUGGAGACGGCUCGGCCUGCGAUCGAAGCCAUCAUCAACUGCUCCAAAGCCAUAAAAGAGAGCAGAGCUUUCCACGAGGUCGUCUACACGGUCCUCAUGGUGGGCAAUUUCCUCAACACAGAAAUACAGUCCAUGGACCCAACGGUUAUAAAUCAGAUAGAAGCUCUGAGAAUGCAUACCAGUUCAUCAUUGCACAAUGUUCCGUGCUUGUUUUCCGACUUGAAAAAGUUCAAAUCCAAUUUCGAUGCCACGGUUGAUGCUCUAUUGGUGGGCGGCCUAGCGUUCCCAGAAACCAAAAAACAACUGUCUCAAUGCGGCAAGCAAAGGUUUCAAUAG